AAGUGGUCCGCCAAGAAGGUCAAGGACAAGGCUAACAACAUGGUUGUCCUCGACAAGCCUACCUACGAACGUCUCUUCAAGGAAGUCCCUACCUACAAGCUCAUCUCCCAAUCUGUGUUGGUCGAUCGUCUUCGCUUGAACGGUUCGCUCGCUCGUGUUGCUAUCCGUGAGCUCGAGGCCCAGGGUCUCAUCAAGCCCGUCUUGCGCCACAACGCUCAGGUCAUCUACACUCGUGCCACUGGUGACGAGAAG